CGACGUAUGCAUGUAGGCAGCCGCUACUUUGGACAGCCUUGGAAAAAGGGCGACGUAGUUGGUUGUAUGAUCAACAUGGAGGACAAAUCAAUGAUUUUCACCCUGAACGGAGAGCUCCUGAUCACCAACAAGGGCUCCGAGCUUUGCUUCACUGACUUUGAGACAGAGGACGGUCUCAUCCCCGUGUGCAGUCUGGGGAUGUCUCAGAUCGGCCGUAUGAACCUGGGCAAGGACGCCAGCACUUUCAAGUACUACACCAUGUGUGGUCUCCAGGAGGGCUUUGAGCCCUUCGCUGUCAAUAUGAACAGAGACAUCACCAUGUGGUUCAGCAAGCGCCUGCCCACCUUUGUCAACACACCUCAGGACCACAUGCAUAUUGAGGUGACGAGGAUCGAUGGGACAGUGGACAGUCCUCCCUGCCUCAAGGUCACCCACAAGACGUUUGGCACACAGAACAGCAACAGCGACAUGGUCUACUGUAGACUGAGCAUGCCGGUCGAGUUCCACACUGCAGCCGUGCUGCUGGAUGAAUCGCUGAAACUCAGCAACGCUCCAAAAGAAGACGGAACUGUUGACUACAGAAGCAUCACAACUUACUACCACUCAGUGAGGGUGUUUGCUGGACAGGACCCUGCUUCAGUGUGGGUGGGCUGGGUCUCACCAGACUAUCACUACUACAGCAAGAACUUCAGCCUGAACAGGACGCGAACAGUCACCGUGACCUUGGGAGAUGAGAGGGGCCGGGUCCACGAGAG